AUGAAACGUAAUCAAGUAGUCAGGCUGGACGAAUGGUAUUGCGCAUUCACUAGUGACAUGAUGGGCUUGGUUGCAUCAGGUGCAAAAGAAGACUCGAUGCGAAUUUAUUACGAGAAAUUACAUGGCGUUAAAGGUCAGGGAAAACAAACCAAGACACUCAGCCGGGGUGAGGAAUAUUGCAUCCUUCGAAUUGAAUACCCAGACGCUCUUGCCUUUUUCGUUUUUGUCCCAAAAAUUCUGUGGUCCCUCCCAAUAAUACGAAACCAAGUUCAACAAUACCGCAAUGUUCUCGAUAAUCUCACAAAAUUUGAGAUUGAUUUUAUCAACAAACGCAGGGAAUUACUCCAAAAAACGGAUCAAAAAAAUAACAAUAAACGAGAUGAUUUCUUAACGAUGAUUCUAACUCAAAACAAUGAUGCAGAUUCUUCAACAGAUAUCAUAAAACAGAACAUUCGCGAAAU